AUGGCUUCAAACGAUAAAGAGACGACAUCGCCACAACUCUCGACGGAUAACUCAACGCUGGUACUUGAUGUUGGUUCCUCUCCCGACCGCCAAGCCACCGACACUAAACCCCAACGUUCAUCUUUCAAGCACCUCUUCUCCUUUACAAGAUGGAAUCAUGCGGGACUACUCAUUGCGGCGGUCAUUGCAUCUGCCGCAUUUGCUUCGAUCAAGUCAGUUCAGUCCAUCAUCUUAGGCAAAAUAUUCGACGUUGUUUCCAACUUUGGGGCUGGCCAUCGCUCUGGAAAUGAAACUAUGGAUCAAAUAUCACAUUGGGGCUUGAUAUUACUAGGCAUGGGGAUCGGAAAUUGGGCUGCAAGCACGGCUUUUCUGGCGUUAUGGGUCAUCUUUGGAGAACUGCAAGCCAACUCUGUCCGCCAAGGCAUCUUCCAAAGCCUACUCUCCAAGAAGAUGUCUUGGUACGAUUCUUUAGACCAGGGAGUCUCUAGCCUGCUGGUUAGAAUCCAGACGCAAACCCGGGAGCUUCAGCUGGCGACAUCGCAAGUCCUCGGACUCUUGGUCGCCGACUCCAUUCUUUCCAUCGCUUCUCUCGCUAUAGCCUUCUCUCAUUCCUGGAAACUCACCUUGAUUCUACUUGCAACCCUGCCCAUAUCCAUCAUCGCUUUGUCGCUCGCAACCAGGCGGCUAGACCCGGCAAUCCAAGCUCAGAAGCGUGAUCUAGAGACCGCGUCAAAGUUUGCUACUUCAUCCAUCAAAGCCAUCGGGAUUGUCAAAGUUUUCAACGGAUACGACCACGAGCUCUGGCAAUAUUAUGAAGCCGUCAAGUCGGCGGGUAGACGAUACUUGAUACAGGCUCAAUGCAAUUGCCUCCAGAUGAGCUAUGUCGCCUUCUGGAUCGUUGGCAUGUUCAUAGCGGGCUUUUGGUAUGGAACUGCUCUCGUCGAUGGGGGGUUGACGCCUGGUCAAGUCAUGACUACCUUUUUUUCUGUCCUUUCGGCAUUUCAAGGAAUCGAGGCAUUACUACCGCAUUGGCUUGUAUUAUCCAAAGGCAUGUCUGCAGGAUCCUUUCUCUUAUCCAUAUUAAACAAAAAGGAUGAAACGACCAUCGAUAAAGACGGCAAUCGGACGCAACCUGCUACUUGUGUUGGAAAUGUGGACUUGGUAGAUGUCACUUUUGCAUAUCCCUCCAAUCCCACAAAAGUCGUUCUCAACAGAUCAUCCUUUUCUUUCUCAGCAGGCCAACUCACGUUCAUCGUUGGCAGAAGCGGGUCCGGGAAGAGCACGAUCGGCAAUCUCAUUGCUCAAUUUUAUGAGCCUUCAUCUGGACUUGUCUGUCUAGACGGGCAGCCCCUGACGAGCUUGGACCCCAGCUGGGUCCGAUCUAAGAUUGCUCUAAUACAGCAGUUGAGCGUGGCUUUUGACGACAGCUUUUUUAACAAUGUGGCCAUCGGCCUUGGUGAUCCCGAGAAUGUGACAAAAGAAGCUGUUUCUUCUGCUUGCGAAUUCGCAUUGCUACAAUCUACGCUUAGCAGCCUUCCAGAAGGCCUUGAAACUCGUAUCGGUUCAAACGGACUCGAAUUGAGUGGAGGUCAAAGACAACGAGUUGCGCUUGCCCGAGCAAGAAUUCGGGAUCCAGAUGUGCUUAUCCUUGAUGAAGUGACGAGUAGUCUGGAUCAAAUCAACAGAGGCUUGGCGAUAGAUGCUAUCAGAGAGUGGCGACGAGAUAAAACAACCAUCAUCAUCACUCAUGACAUCAGCCAAAUUGAAGAUGAAGACUUUGUUUAUGUCAUGGAAGACGCUUCUUUGGUGCAGCAGGGACUGCGAAGGGAGCUGGCCGCGGCUUCAACUGGACCCUUUGCAUCUAUGACUUCUCUGGAUCCUGAUGAGUCCCCUCCUUCUUCUACACCAACUGAGAUGGGAGACGUCAGUCCGCCUAGUCCAGUUAGCUACAGUUUAUCGACAAUUACGGAGCUACCGCAAGACACCAAAUUAUCCAUGUCGCAAUUUACGCUCAUAGAGCGAGAUAGUGACAGCAUAGAUCCAGCCUGGCACCGGCUAUCUCAGUAUAAGACUCUGGGAGCUGGAACGGAGUUUGCGUUGAAACUAAGAAAAGAGCAGAUAUGGGACAGCUGGGAUACUGAAGAAAGACCACAGACAGCCGUUGGAGCUACACGCUACUAUGAAACCGAGAAGAGGGAGUCCUACAACUCUUUCGACGAAUAUUUUGGACCGCCCCGUAGAUGCAGCGCACCAGAGGCCUACAAGAUGGAUUUCUUUGACGAUUCAGGGUACAACACAGACGAACUAUUAUAUGUGUUUGGAAAGGCGGACCGUCGAGAGAAUAUUUCCAGUUUACGACUCGCCUCUGGCCGUGAGCCACCCUCGGAUAUUGGCAACGACGUACUCACAACUCACAAAGGUGCAAAGCCGAGCGGUCUACUGGCGACUCUAGGCACUGUUUGGCCAACGCUGAAACCAUGUGAUCGAAUAUUGUUCCUUUUAGGAAUUUUGCUGUGCUUUAUCAGUUCAGCAGGAACGCCAAUGUUUUCAUACUGUCUCGCAAAGCUCUUUGGAGUCCUAUUCAUACCAGUCAACAGGGCAGUCGAGGCGAAAAAAUGGGCGCUAUAUCUGGUGGCAAUAGCUAUCGUCGAUUCUGUCUCCACGGGCAGCGGUCACUACUUAAUAGAAAGAACCGGCCAGUCCUGGGUAAACGCCCUUCGGUUAGAAGCUCUGAAGAAAAUCCUACGGCAGCCAAAAUCGUGGUUCGACAAGGAGAAGAACUCGGCCAGUCGAAUCAACGAAUGCCUUGACAGAAACGCAGAGGAGACGCGAAACAUUGUUGGGCGAUUUAUUCCCAUCUUCAUAAAUACCUUUGGUAUGAUUACCAUUUCCAUCAUAUGGGCGCUUUCAAUAUCCUGGAAGCUCACUCUCGUUGCGCUUUCGCCAUUACCUUUGAUCAUUGGCGCUGUCAAGGGAUACACUGUUCUUAGCGGCAAGUGGGAAACCAAAUGCAAUCAAGGAGCCACCGAUUCUGGCGCAAUUUUAAACGAGACGUUUGUCAAUAUCCGCGUCGUGCGAGCACUUAUGCUUGAAAAGUACUUUAGCGCAAAGUACCAGAAACUGAUCUCUCAUACCCUCAGCCUGGGGAUGAAGAGGGCAGGCUAUACAUGUGGGCUUUUCGGCUUAUACCAGUCUAUGAAUUAUCCCAUGACUGCCCUUGUGUUCUACUAUGCUACUCUCCUACUGGCUAAAGGCGAUGGUGUCACCACCACACAGGUGCUGCAAGUCAUCAACUUGCUACUGUUUAGCAUCGGAAGUUCAACUGGUGCUCUAAGCAGCAUGCCUCAGCUCACAAUGGCCCAAGCAACCGCAACACAACUCCUAGCCUACGCAACAAUGCCAAUAGACUCAGAGGAAGAAAGCCAAGAAGGCAUCAAGACCUCAACUCCUCUACCCAUCGAGUUCAAAGACGUCCAAUUUUCAUACUCACAGUCCCCUGACUCCCGUGUCCUCCGUGGAGUAUCCUUCGACAUCACGCGCGGAAGCUGCACCGCCAUCGUCGGCUCCUCAGGAUCCGGCAAAUCAACCAUCAUAUCUCUCCUCAUGAGUCUAUACUGCCCCUCAAAAAACACAGUAUCGCUCACUUACGCAGGUACUCCAUUCUCCAACCUCGACAAACAACAUCUCCGCUCAACAAUGGCCUACGUCUCGCAAACACCACACCUCUUCCCAGCAACCAUUGUCGAAAACAUUACCUACGGCCUCCCUAAAGACUCUCCGCUUAGAAACAGCCUCAACGUAUACGCUGCAGCUCAAGCUGCCGGCAUCCACGACUUCAUCACAUCCCUCCCCGAAGGCUACGCCACCACAGUCGGCGACGGCGGAAUCUCUCUUUCAGGAGGCCAAGCUCAGCGCCUGAGCAUCGCCCGCGCGCUCGUUCGCCAGCCGAAGCUCCUCGUUCUGGAUGAGCCGACGAGUGCGCUUGACGCAGAGUCUUCGAAUAUGAUCCGUGAAACUGUUCGUGGGCUUGUAGGGCGGGCUAAGGAGCAGGAGGGCGAGAUGGCUAUUGUGGUGGUUACGCAUACGCCUGACAUGAUGCAGAUUUGUGACAACAUUGUCAUGAUUGACGGUGGCGUCAAGGUCGAAGAGGGCAGUUAUGAAGAGCUGAUGAAGGUCAGGGGUCCAUUUAGACAUCUCAUUAGCAAGGGUGAAUGGCAUGGGGGAGAUGAAUCUUGA